GGUGGGCAUUACCUGGCUUCCUUGCAUCAACAACCUCUUAUCACUUCAACCAAACAAACUCUAAGAGGACUAACACAGCCAACAUGUCAAAACUCAAUCUCAACUUGUCUGCCUCAUUAAACAUUUUCAAGCUUAUUGCUAAGCCUUCAUUAUGUCUGCCCCACGCGACAGUCCCAACGUUUAAUGACCUGCCCAUCCCUCUUAACAAGGCUUUCUCCGGCAAUGGCGAUAAGAAGGUCGACAUAAAAGCUGUCGUGCUCGACAAGGAUGACUGCUUUGCCUAUCCUGAUCAUAAUGAAGUGUAUGAAGAUUACAAGGAACGCAUGGAGGCUCUACGGGCAGCAUACCCGGGACGCCGUCUUCUAAUCGUCUCCAACACUGCCGGAGCCCAAAGCUGGGACAAGGACGGCAAGAUGGCAUCCGCUGUUGAAAAGGCUACCGGCAUCACCGUCCUCCCCCAUGGUGUGAAGAAGCCAGGCUGCGGAGACGAGAUCAUGUCCUACUUCCGUGCUCACCCGGAAACCGGCGUCACAAGUCCUCACCAGAUCGCUGUUGUGGGAGACCGUCUGGCCACCGACAUGAUGCUUGCCAAUAUGAUGGGAAGCUAUGGCAUUUGGGUGAAGGAUGGAGUUGUCCCCCACCAGCAGAAGAGCAUCUGGUCGAGAGUUGAGAGAAGUGUUGCGCCCUUCCUCGUAUCCCGUGGUUAUGCUGCUCCUGAGCCAGUGAGCCCCUUUGAGUAACUGCAUUUGUGCUUCUCCCGGAAAGGAAGAUACCGUGUAGC